CCUGAUAUGAGACGUACCGAAAGAAACGGUUGUGCCUCUUCGUGUGCAUAAAUCUACUGACCAUGCUCGACUGCUACUCCCUGCAGCACGAUGGAUGAUCUCACUACGUUCCUCAAUAGCGUCGAGUCCAGCGCCCGGAAGAUCCUCAAGCAGCAGAACAAGAGACAGCAGCAACAGGCUGCCAGAGAUCGUGUGGCGCUCAUCAAGGGAUCAACUCAAGCUGCACCAGAGACCAAUGGCAAAAGUAUCACGCCCACGCGAGAAGAGUUGCGAGUCACCUAUGCUUCAGGUGGCUCUCUCAUCAUUCCUGCUCCAAUAUCUCCAGUCAUCAGCAACCAGCAGCCAAUCAAGCGUCCACGCUCACCAAGUCGCAGCGAAGAUUCGAGUGACGAUGGAUCAUUGCCAAGGUUGCCACCUCCGCGCUCUCCAGUCGCUUCCGUCCCACCUGGGAGCAUUUACUCGCCACUGCAACUCCCAGCGAUCAACCGAAAAGGAAAACAGGCGCCAGGUCCAAACAACACACCAGGUAAACGCUCAUCGGCUCUUAAGCUGCUCGAAUCGCCGUUGUACAAGUCACUGACGAAACUUCGAGCCGACACGGGAGGAUUCGGGUCUGCAGGGGCAUCACCUGGCCAGAAGCUCAAGAAGACGCUGCACGACGUGGAAAAUGUGGCUCUACUACUGCGGAAGAUGGGACUGCAUGACCCGACAGGGGCAGCAUCUCCAGCUCAUCGAGCAGAUCACGCUGUUGACAAGCGAAUGUGCAACGCGUGCUGGGCCAAACCUGACAAGAUGACUGGCUGUGAACAUCAUUCCCGAGUUUAUCCAACCGGCAAAAGUGCCAAAAGUAUCGAGGGGGAUGCCCUAUCAUUUCUGACAGCCAUGGAGUUGCAAGGACCCACAAGUUGGUUGUCAGAUGAUUUAUUCGUCAAAUACCGCAGUGAAAAAGAUCGAGAGAAAUUGUGGUUUGCCUAUGUGGAGCUGAAAAGGCAACAGCAAGAAAUUGAGGCGCGGGGGACUGCAAACGCUAAAGAACAAGCGAGUCUUGCUGUAAUUCCUAUCGUGACACGACACCCAAUUUGUGCAUUGUUUGAGACGCUUCAAAACCUUGAGAACUUGCGAAUUCAAGCCGAAACUCGCAAGCGAAAUCUGACAAAAACGUUCAUUUUCGACGUGAAUCACAUUUGGCUCACGAAUCUUGAUCACUUUAACCACCGACCUACACGACAUCGUAUACUGGAUUCACCAGAAGAAGAAAGUGAACGGAUCGAUCCUGAAAGCCACGCGCUAAGUGGUCGACGAGAUGAACGGGCGAUACGAGAAGGAUAUUCACAGAUUCAGUCGAUUUCCAGUGAACGAGCGUUGAAACGGGCCGUGUCCAUCGAAAGCGGGUCUUCCUAUCGACAACCACCGCAAAACAGCUCAUUGUUAAGAUCUACAACCACUCGGCGACGAAAACCUUCGUCAAGACGCAAUUCUUUCCAGCCAUUGAGUUUGUUGAUUUGCGGUAGAUGGGAUCCUGAAAACCACCCAAAUGCUCUACAACGAGUACCGGGAGUGACACUUGUGGGGAACAGACCUGUGCUUUGGUGGAGAUACGAUCCAGACGAAAUCUCUGAAGAAGGUGAACCUCCUGAAUACACAAAAACUGUGGCUAUGUUUGAGCGUAACAGCAAGCUAUCGUCCUCAAACGCCAUAGUUGUGAUGCUGGUACUUGCGUUAGACACACCGAUACUGUCUCCAUUGUGGCUUGCAUGGCAUGUUGGUUCGAAGAUGCCACCUCCGGAGCUUGAAGCUGCGGUUUACAGCCUUGCAGAGGCCGAAACAGGCUUUGGUCGAGUAAUGGCGUUUGUUUCUCCCUGUCGUGGUAGUCUGUUAAGUACACGCUUGGAUUCAGUACUCGACGAGUUGUUACCUGGUACUAUUACACUACUUAACGAUGCAGCGCAAGAAGAAGAUCACUGGCUGCAACUCGUAGAUCAUUCCUCUUCACCUGUGGGACACCGUCGAGGCUGGAGCGAAUUCUCAGAUAGACAUACCUUUCGUCAGUGGCUUUUGCUGACACAAGGACGUACUGUGACCCCACGUUACGACGUUGUUGCGCAGUAUUGCAGCGUCACUAUCGCGCAUCCGAACGCCCCGGGUGUUUGUGGUCGAUACUGUUGGCAUGAGGUAGAUCCCGUUGAGGAUCUCUUGUGUCGGCGUCGUGUGGAGAAGGAUCUGCUAUACAUCAUACAGAACCACUUGACUAGUGGACCCAACGAUCCCACGUACUUCAGUGUGGUCAUGAGUCAUGAGACCAUGGCAGACGUACUAGGAGCUCGACUAUCGAGUUACUUGGCGAUGGUAGCAGAGCGUGAGGCUCGUGCAGCUUACGAGAAGAAACUCUAUGAGAUUGAGCAGAAGCUCGAGGCCGGUCGACUGGCAUUGGAAGCGAAGCGACAAGAGCAGAAAAGGUUAGAGCAGGAACUCGAGGCUGUAGCAGCUCAAGCUGAAGCUCGAAGCAAAGGUGGAGUCAACAGCGCUACGGAAGACGCUAUUGCACAGGAGUGGGCUCAAAGAAUGACUCAGUCUAUUGUAUUAGAGCAGCAAGGACUGUGGGAGAUGCGAGAGAUCACUGUCGACUCCAGUGGUGUUGUGUUCUACCACUCGUUGAAUGAGAGACUACCCGUGACGCAUCGAUUUCUAUGGGAACAGCCGGAGGAAUGGGUUGUAAAUGAGGAAAACGACGACGAAGACUCCAAGUCCUUCACUUCUCGAAGCGCAGUUAGCUCUACUGUUUCUACUAUCACCACCAAGCAGCGAGUGAACUCAGAGGCGCAAAAUGAGUUGAUGCGAUCUCUGCUGGAAGAUGAGCAAUUCUUGCACCAACUUAAAGCGAAACUGGGCUUGACGUCUCGAUCCCGACCGACAUCUCGAGCCACCGCACGGUCAGGCAAACCCAGUCACUUUUUCGAAGACGAAGAGGACGAGAAUGACGCGCGACAAGUUGAUUUAAACGACGAAAUGGCCGCGUUGGUGGAUGAAGGCAUGGACCGGUCCAAGUCAACUCUGAUAGCCACCAAGAUGGCGAAGUUGCAGCUUCAAUUGCCAGCCAAGACUCUUCAGCCGGUGAAUCAUCGUGGUGAAGGCUGGAAACGACUCAAAACCUCGCGGUUGCCACCAAAUUUCGCUCGGAGCGUGUACAGCACACACACGGAGGGUCCUCGCUCGAGUUUUAUCAACCAAACUAACCACGCUACCCCCGUUGGUAUGCUGGAUCCGGCCGAUUGUUCCCCUUAUGACCCACCUGAGUUCAUUCCCGAGUUGCGAGCACAUUUCGUGCCGCGGGCAUCGGAGGAUUUACAUGAGAAGAAGAGACAAUGGGCCGAACUGCUGCGCUCCCAACAGACAGCAGAGACGCCCAAUGCGGUUGUUCGACGUGGAGCAGUGUCGGUAGAACCGACCGACGACUUGUUCGAGCCCGAUCCGAGCCAGCAGAACGAGACCAAGGAGCAGAUUGAGGCUCGCGCUCUACUUUGCGCUCGCAACAACAACCUCGAAGGCCUUGAGCUGGCGCUGGACCAGGGCGUGGAUGUCAAUACACGCGACAACCAUGGCAACACGCUGUUCAUCCUUGCGUGCCAACAGGGCAACAAACGUCUGGCCAAGUUUCUGCUGCGCCGUCGUGCAGAUAUGAACCUGCAGAAUCUGAACGGCAACACGGCACUGCACUACUUGUAUGCGUACAAGCACACGGAUCUGGCCGAAUAUCUCAAGGCGAAGGGAGCGAAGGACACGACCCAGAAUGCAGCGGGUCUCACCUGCUACGAAGGCCUAAGCCAGGACGACGUAGACAGCAUCUAGACCAGCAUUUGAUACUUGCCACAGCAAAAACAACAGAAGCAACGCCAUAAGUCUAGACAAAACAAAAUAGGGAUGAAUUUUGAGCGAGACAAGAAGCAAUUUCCAAACGACAUUGCACUGUCCUGAGGGAAUAUGAAAACCUAGUACAUGUCGCCCUCGAAGAGCACCUCGUCCUCUUUCUUGCGGUAGAUCUGGUCGCCCUCGUGCAGUGAGACUUCCAGACUGGCAGGGCCGAUGGGACGCUGCAGUGCCACAGGCUGUUUCUCGCCGGCCGUCAGCGGCGUCAUGAUCUCCUCGUAGUCGUCGGUGGCCUCCUGUUCGCGCAUCAGAGCCGUCUGGCGAGCGCGUUCACGCACCUUGGCGCCGAAAUGGAUGAGACACAUGAGCAGCGCCACGCCGCCGAUGACGAUGGCCGUGAUUGCAGCCCCACUCAGCGUGGUCGUCUUGGAGGC